GAAAAAGAUGUUGAUUUGAGCCAAUUUCAAAACCAGAAUUCAAAUGCCGAAUUUACUGAGAGUGUKGAAUACGCAUUUUCGCAGAACUCUGAUGAUGAAGAUGAACGGGAAUCAGUAUCUGAGGUAAAAUCUUCAUCAGAUCGCUUCAGCUAUGUCCUAAGUGUAGUGGUUUUAUUAUUUUGGAUAACCCUUUAUGUUAUUGCUAUUAAAUUACAAUUUGGAACGGUCUAUUUAAUGAUCUCAGCGUUGAUGGGAAUUUAUUUAAACACGAGAUCUACCCCGAAGAUAACGAAUGAAAUUAGCGCUUAUAGUGUAUUUAACAAAAAUUGUAAAAGUAUAGAUGGAACGUUAAAAGCUGAGCAGUUUGAGCAAGAAAUUAGGURUGGCUCUCUUAGAAAAAAUUAACUGUACAGUGCUGUAAACGUAGCUCAGCUAUAAAUUUAUAAUUCGGACUACUAUUCUAAAUCUUUGUCCUACUAUUUGACAUAAUAAAAACAAAACUGAAAAAAAAAGUUCUCUUAACUUAUUUCUUACAAAAGGAUAAAUAAAUAUUUAGAUAGGGGAAAAUAAUACCAAAUUGGAGCACAAUUCCGAUUUUUUUGGCGCCGCGAUCUGAAGGUACCGUUGAAAAGAGGAAGUCCUCCAGAUUAAAAAAUAAGCAGGGUUAUAGCAACCACAAGCGCUUAGUUUAAGAGAUAUUCGACUUCGAACUUCAAAAAUCCCCAAAAUUCGAACAUUUCAACAAGCUAUUUCACCACAUUAAACACACUUUUCGCACAUUUUUUAAUUCAAAUUAAUUAAAAUAAACUAUACACAUUUAAAUACAUCCACAAUUUUCACGUUUUGCUGGUUUUUUUGAUAAGAAAUCUGUAUUUUAUUAAAAUUACUUUUUACACUCGUAGUGAGUAUCAUUUAUAUGCUAACAACUAUUAAGAAAUGGAGCGCUGCCAUAUGAUAAUAAGCAAAUAUGAGCAAUUCGCUGAAUUUCUCUAUUUCGAUAUAAUUCCUCUUUCUUUUAUUAGCAAUCUAGCAACUAAUAAAAACAUGUUUCCCUAUAUAUUAUUUUACAAAUUAAAAUAAGUAUAAACAAUCUUUCUGUGCAUAUGGAUUUUCCCUAUUUAAAUUAAAUUAUAAUAAUUAUAAUAAA